ACAUCAUUUGUUAGCCAUUUUAUUGUUCGCGCUCAAAGUUUUCAUCACGACGACGCGGUAAACUUGAUGUCCGAUUGAUUGUCGUUCAAAGUGGUUAUUCUUGUUUUAAAAUGACGAGCUAUGUAUCGGAAAAACUUGAGGAGUGGAAUCUUCAAAGUUUGAAAGAGAUAUUUGAAGAAAACUUGAUCGAUGAAGAGGCUUUUCUGCUGUUAGACGUAGAUACAAUCAAAGAAUUAAUUAAACCAGUUGGACCUAGACUGAAGUUUAUCGCUAACUUAAAGAAACUUAAAGAAGACAUGCUUCCGGUAGUUGUUCCCAGUCAUAAUGAACCUUGCAUGCAGAGUCUAAAUGAUUCACUUUCAUCGGACUCUUCAGAAGAAUUUAUUGCUACUACCAGUCAAUGUUCAUCUCAAUCCAGUGAAGAGUUUACUGAACCUCCCAGGAAAAAAAUUAAGUCAGUCUCAAAUUUCAUACCUCAUGUUCGUGCCUUGCUGGAGUCUUCUGUUGUCGGCGAAUCACUAAUUAAAGAGAUAGAGGAAGGAGAGCUUACAAGAAAAAGUAGACUCAAGUUUGUUAGAUUGGUUGUGGCUAAAAUAAUUGAACAGUUUGGAGAUAUACCCAAAUGUGAAGUGAAAACCAUGAUGGCAAAAGCUAUUGUUGAAGAAUUUCCUUCGCUGAAAGAUGAAGAAGGGCAAGGAUUUGUAAGUUUAUGUCUACAUUCCAUCAAACAGUUUGUAUGUUAA